UGUGUGACGUAGAGGUGAGAGGUCAGAGCGUCGCCCUGCGCACACGGGAGAAUGACAACAUUACGAGCUUACACGUGCGAUGAUCUGUUUAAAUUCAACAAUAUUAAUCUGGAUCCCUUGACAGAAACUUAUGGAAUUCCUUUCUAUCUUCAGUAUUUGGCUCAUUGGCCAGAGUAUUUCAUAGUAGCAGAGGCUCCAGGCGGUGAACUGAUGGGCUACAUCAUGGGAAAGGCAGAGGGGUCCGUCGCUAGAGAGGAGUGGCACGGGCACGUCACCGCUCUCUCUGUGGCCCCCGAGUUCAGACGACUGGGUCUGGCUGCCAAACUCAUGGAGAUGUUAGAGGAGAUCUCAGAAAGGAAGGGUGGAUUCUUUGUGGAUCUCUUUGUGCGAGUUUCCAAUCAAGUUGCUGUGAAUAUGUACAAACAGCUCGGCUACAGCGUGUACCGAACCGUUAUAGAGUAUUACUCCGCCAGUAACGGUGAACCUGAUGAAGAUGCAUAUGAUAUGAGAAAAGCUUUAUCCAGAGACACAGAGAAGAAAUCCAUAAUCCCGCUUCCACACCCCGUCCGACCAGAAGAUAUUGAAUAACAUUAACAUGUGGCUCUCUGAAAUCAACAUUCAACUGGGAAAACAGACAUUAGAUUUUUUUGGUCACAAUGUCGGAGAGCCACCGCUUUGAAUGAAUUGGGUUAAUAAUUCUACUGAGUUAAUAAAGCUAAAUCUUAUGGACUAGUUACAUUAAAUAAAAAAGUUUAAAGCAAACACUUGGCGUAGUUGUCUUUUUAAAUAAAAUAUAAAAGGCUCUUGUGCAGGUUGAA